UAUUUCUCACCAAUGUUAUAUAAAACGCACAUCAUGCUCGUAUAUACAUAUUUCCUCGCCAGUGAACACUAAUACUACGUCUCCGGUAUUGCAUCGUUUGAAAGUAAAAGUAGGUGGAACUCGUACAACCACGAUAGGCGCAGUUGCUGGCGCGACCUGUUUGGUGCGCUCUUGUGAGUCAAGCAAUAUUAUUUUGUAGAAGAUUAUUUCUAGUGGUGCAGUACUAAAAAUGAUUAUUCUGUAUUUAAUCGUCGUUAUAGUAAUGGUAGGUAUGGUUGUUGGCUUGUAUCAGAAAAACACCAAUAUAAUAUGCAAAUCUAAAAAGAGACUUGAUGGAAAAACUACCAUAGUUACUGGAGGAACAUCAGGAAUGGGUCUUCGAAUUGCAACGGAUUUCGCUGAUAGAGGAGCUCGAGUGAUCGUAGCUUGUCCAUUUGUCGAUGAAGGAACUCGUGGUAGGAAAUUUAUCGUCGACAAAACUGGCAACGAAGAAGUUAUUUUUAAACUUCUAGACCUGGCAUCUACUGCAUCGAUACGUAAAUUUUCCGAGGAUGUGAUUAAAACUGAAAAAAGACUGGACAUUUUGAUUAACAAUGCAGGUGUUGGUAACGUCGAAGAUUUUGCUACUAAAGAUGGACUGAAUUUCACAAUGCAAGUGAAUUAUUUUGGACAAUAUUUAUUAACGCUAUUAUUGCUGCCCUUAUUAAGAAAGACGGGAAACAGCUUGGAACCUUCUAGAAUUGUGAAUACAGCGUCAAUUUUGCACAACAUAGGUAGCGUUAAUUUCGAGAAAAUAAAUUGUCCAAAUUAUUGGUAUCCAAUACAAUUGUACGCGAAUAGCAAACUUUGUUUGAUAUUAUUUACUCGUGAAUUAGCAAAGAGGUUGAAAGAUUUAAAAGAAUUUAAUGUUAAAGUUAAUUCUGUGGAUCCAGGUGCUGUUGGUACCACAAUUUUUAAUACGACAGGAAAGUACUACGGUGGUUUUAUAACAUUUUUAUUCUCAGUGCUGUUUAAGACACCUUGGGAGGGCGCGCAAACCGCAAUCCAUGUGGCAUUAGAUAAGAAGGCUAGUCUCGUAAGUGGAGAACUUUUUAAGAAUUGCAAAUUAUCUCGGGCUAAAGAGACUGCGUAUGAUGAUGAUUUGGCUUGUUCACUUUGGGAAGAAUCUCGAAAACUUAUUGGUUUAUGUGUGGACGAAUAUGAACAAUGUUUCCAAGUCUUAAAAUAAUUGGUUCCGGUUUUCCAUUUAACUUUCGAACAAAAAUAAAUCAUAAAUUCGUUAUGAACGUA